UCCGGGUCAGUGUGGAGUCCCACUGUGAAACUGGCGAAGCCUGACUGAGGGAUAGACAGGAGUGUCUGUUUCAUCUUGAAUCAGUCUGAAAGAACAACUCAAAAACAAAAAUACCCUAGAAUGGCAUAUCAGUAUCGACCGUCGCAGUACAACACCCCGCCCGAUCAAGGUUUCCUGUGGAACAUAUUUCAGAGAGUGGACAAAGAUCGGAGUGGGUCAAUAUCGGACACGGAGCUUCAGCAAGCUUUAUCAAAUGGUACAUGGACACCUUUUAACCCAGUGACUGUCCGAUCAAUCAUAUCCAUGUUUGACAGGGACAAUAAAGGAGGAGUGAAUUUUAAUGAGUUUUCAGGCGUCUGGAAAUACAUCACAGACUGGCAGAACAUCUUCCGGACAUACGACAGAGACAGCUCUGGACUAAUUGACAAGAACGAGCUUAAGCAAGCUCUGGCUGGAUUUGGUUAUCGCCUCUCCGAUCAGUUUUAUGACAUUCUCAUUCAGAAGUUUGACAGACAAAGAAAAGGACAGGUGGCUUUUGAUGACUUCAUUCAGUGCUGCAUUGUCCUACAGAGACUGACGGAUGUGUUCAGGAGGUACGACACAGAUCAGGAUGGCUGGAUUCAGGUGUCUUAUGAACAGUACUUGUCGAUGGUCCUCAAUGUUGUAUAAUAGCAAAGAGCCAUUCCUGGACCACUGACCAUGUGGACAGCCUGAUGUUCCAGAACGGUCUUCCAUGUUGUCUUACCCUUCUCUUACUGCAGAUGAGGCAGAGAAAUUGAGGAGGAAUCGCUCCUUUUUAUUUCAUUUACUAAUAUGUUAAUAGUUCUGAUUCAGACUGUGAAUGUCACUUGUAAAAUUAAUUGCAUACAGUCCUGAAGAUGUUGUCCUACACCCAUGAAGCAUGGCCCUAACUGACACAGAGCCUUUUAUAUCCUAGUGACCCACAGUCUCAAAUCCACAUGGUGAAAGCAGGUAAUGUUUAGACAUAAUUCCUGGUUUUAAGUUCACUACAUUAGUUCAUAUCCUGAAGCAAAUCUUUUUUUUAACAAGCGAUACUUACAUUAUACUACAUUAGAAAGUACAGUGCCAAGUAGAAGUAGCUCAAGCUUUUGUAAAGCCUUUGUCUUAUGAUUUUGUAAUGCAUGGUGCCUUAAACUGCACAGCUGCUUCUUUUUUUUUUACGAAAAUACUUAAUGCAAAGUUGUGCAGGAAGUGGUCUGAUCCCCAAAUAAUCAUGUAGAAAUGAUUCUGGGAGAGUUGGCAGCAAACAAGCAUGAAUUGAUGGUCACAAAAACACGCAAGUUAGACUUCAGGGGACUUCAGUCCCCCAAGACAGCAGCAGGUUUUAAACUGCUAGCAACUAACCGAAAAGUUGCUUUGAAGAACUUGGAAACAGAAUCUCUAUAAAUGCCAAAAUAGACUGAAAACGCAACAGUACUUUCUCCUGUUGCUCCGAUCAGUCAGGACACGAUGAGAUAUAGAACUGUUGCUCAUUAUGCACUUGAUGAAAGUUUUAGAUUGACAGACUGAACAGUGAUAUUGGUGCGAAAGUGCUAAAGAAUGCAAAGAAAAAUUGGAAGAGGGCUUUUUUUCAAGCCCAGGUCUCUUUUAAAAUAGUAUAUAGUUUUAGCUAUAUAUUUAUGUUCAUGUCUAUUGACCUGUCCUCUGAAGCAGAGAGAUUCCUUCUGAUGCCAAGACAGAGCAGUCUUCCUGGACCUGAACUCUCCCCACAGUAAACCAGUGUCCUACAGGAACCUGUUUGGUAUGAAUGAAUGAAGAUGAGCCGACUGCAGCAGGUCGAGGGAUUGUGUAGUUGUCUGUGUGGUAGCUACAGGAUGCUACAAAUGCUGAAACAUAUCUGUACUAAACUUCCCUGCAGGACGUGGAGAUACCCCUUUCUGUCUUGAUGUUGUAAACAGGACAUUGCCAGUUUAUUUUGUAAUGGUGUUGGAGUACCAUUUUGUAACGCAGAAAUCGUCAUUCCUGUAACCCUCUCUCAUUCCUCUGGUGUCAGACUUGCCUUUGGUGCCCUGGAGCUGCAACAGUGACAAAGUAAAUCGAAACAGCUCCUUCUUUGUCAAAGUUGCCAAAACUAUCCUUGUCCAUGAAUGAAAAAGGGAGAUGGGACUUUAGAGCACAUGGAAUGUAAUCCAGAUCAUCUCAUUUUCACAGUCCACAAAGCUGGUAUAGAAUGCAACUUAUUUUGUAUAUUAAAAUAAUGUUAAUAUUA